CAAGAACUACUCUACUAUCAUGCUUGAGCUCUCAGUCAAAAACUCUAAUACAUUUUUUCGUCUCUCUCACACACGCCAAUUCAAAUCUGAAAUUUGUGUGUCAAAACAAAUAAUAAUCUGAAAUUUCGUAUUUUCUCUCUCCUCUUCCUCUUCAUCUUCCUCGUGCUCGAAUUGCAGAAGCUGGUUCCAGGUUGCAUGCCACCUGAAUUUUUGAGCUGCAGAAUCAUCAAUCAUGGCAAUUGGCAAUAUGAUGAUUUGUUUCCUAAUUUCAUUACUUCAUAAGUCUGGAAGGAAGCAGGAAUGAACUGCGUUCAUAAUAGGCUAAUGGAAGGAAGUACAAAUCUGAAGGCUUUAUCAUUUGGUGCAUUUUGGUGGCAUAUGUUCUGUGGCUUGGGAAUUCCAGUAGCUUUCUGGGUGUCCCAUCAUUUCCGUGCAGCUGAUCUCAAAUCUGGUCCUGAUCGUGCUCUGCUUAUACUUUGGGCCACUCAGUGUCCCAUUGUAAUCUUGCUUUCCAGUUUUUUCAGGAAAAACCCAGGAAGAUGCUCGUACUUGAGGGCGGCAGGACGCGGACUACUGGGACUUUUUGCAGGAGCUUUUGUCUUUGCUCUUGGAGCUAUUAGCUUGGGUGCUCCAGUUGGCUCAAAGUAUAUGCUGAGCACAAUCAACUGGUCUUUGCUGAUGUCAUCAUUUGCAUUCUCACCAGCUGCUGCUGUCUUUGGUGCAUCUUGGGUAGACUGGCAGCGAAUUUUUGCGAAAAUCAGGCCAACAGGAUCUAUUGAUUAUAUGGUUUGCCUUCCAGCACUUGGUUCUGUCAUCGGGUCCUGGUUUGGGGCCUGGCCAAUGCCACUUGAUUGGGAGAGGCCAUGGCAGGAAUGGCCUAUAUGCGUCACAUAUGGAGCACUGGUUGGCUAUGCGAUUGGCAUGGUGACGUCUUUGAUGCUAUUUUUUCCUAGCUGUUGGAAGCAUUACGUCAAAGUAGACUAAGAUACAAUGUACUCAUGGACUCAUCGUUUUGACUCAACAUUGAUUUCGUCCUUGAGUUGGGUUCCAAACCUCCAUCCAUCGAAAUUCACAUCCUACAUAAAUUUGGAACAGAAAAGAGAUUCAAAGUUUUUCCUAAAUAGUGAGGCUUUAAAUUGAAUCUCAAAAAUAAUGGUCGAGUUACUCUUUGCGCGGAAUUUUUUUUUUCCUAAAUAGUUUUUGGAAGUUUUUCAUCCUUUGUAAAUAUGAGAUCAUUUAAAUUAAUUCACAGAGUUUCAACUA